GAGAUGUCCCUCCUCCUCGCCGUAGUGACGGUUCAGAAACUCUGUGGUGACGCGUUGUUUUAUGUUUCACAUGGAAAAUGGCGGCUUGCAGCCCAAAUCGCGCUCCGGAUAGGGUAGAGGUAGGACAACUUACCGAAGCCGAACGGGAGAAUGAUCCCUGGGCAGCACUCGGGCCAGUCGUGAAGAGGGAUCCGGUGAUAAAGCUACUGAGUCCGGUCAGCGGCCUGGAGCCGCUCACGUGGUCUGAGGACCACCGAAUCUCGGCCUCUAGCACAAGUGGUAUUUCUUUGAUGGAGGUAGUGUGCGAUGUUCACGGCAAUAAGCAAGACUUGGUGUUGCACCGGACCUCCAUUCCCGUGCCGGACCAAGUCUGUGAACUGAAGGUAGGUCCAGCAGAAGAGCUGUUGAGGGCCAAAGACAAGUUCUCCAGCUCCAGUGACCCUGCGAUGAGCCAGUCCUUCAUGCUGGACAGAGUGCUCAACCCCACCGUGGGCGUCCACAAGGGCAUCCUGUACACCAGCUGGUCCCCCCUGGGCUGUGACGCCAAUGGCCGGUGCCUCCUAGCCUCCCUCACCCUGGACCACCGGCUGACCAUCCACAGCAGCACCAAGCGUCUACAGUGGACUGUGGUGGCUGACCUGACCCAGCUGUAUGGAGAGAGCCUGGAGAUCAGAGGCUACUCCGUGCCGGGUGGGCAGCCCUCCAAGGCUAACCUCCUGGACCUGGCUGAGCUUCAGAGGCGCUACCGCAUGCAGACCCCUGUACGGAUGGAGUGGUCCAGUGUGUGCACCACGCAGCACGUCCAGACCAACAACGAGUGUAAAGACGUGGGAACGGUGCUGCUGGCCGUGCUGAUGGAGAACGGAGACCUGGUGGUGUGGCAGUUUUGCCUGCCCAUUCUGGGGAAGGACUCUGUGUUGUCCUGUAACACCAUCCAGUCUGGGGUGUUGUCCCCCAGCGUGCUGGCUUGGUGGGAGUACGAGCACAGCGGGCGCAAGAUGAGCGGCCUGAUCGUGGGCAGCAAGUUAGGGCCCGUCAAGAUCCUGCCCGUCAACUUGAAGGCGGUGAAGGGCUACUUCACCCUGCGCCAGCCAGUGGUCCUCUGGCAGGAGUCAGACCAGAUCCCUGUACACAACAUCAAGUGUAUCUCCCUGUUCCACCCCAAACAGAACUGUAACUGUAGCCUGGUGGUGGCGGCCAGGGGCUCCUACCUCUUCUGGUGCCUGCUGCUCAUCUCUAAGGCAGGCCUCAACGUGCACAACUCACACGUCACGGGCCUGCACUCCACCCCAAUCGUCUCCAUGACAGCCAGCCGCCAGGGCAGCUCCAUCUACACCUGUUCCAUGGACGGGACAGUCAAGAAGCUCACGCCCAUCUUUACCGAUAUGGCCGUGGCCUUUAAGCAGGAGGAGAUCGUGCUGCCAGAGGGUUUGGCAGGUCGGAGGAUACACGGCAUCGCGGUCAGCCCCCACGGGGCAUACUUGGCCCUGGUCAGUACUGAGGGGAUGACCAACGGUCAGCACCCGGUCUCUAGGCCCUACCAGGUCCAGUUUGUGACCCUGAAGACACCCAAUGACGCGGCGGCAGAGUUGCUGGAGUCCCCGGUCCAGAGCCUGUUCAAACAGACUGACCUGCUGGACCUGGUGCGCUGGAGGGUGCUGAGGGACAAACGCAUCCCGGCCCUGCUGCAGGAGGAGUUGGACGACAAGGUACACAACACAGGCUCCCCCUACUUGUGGAGGUUAAAACUCUUCCUGGUGCGCGUGCUCUACCAGUCCCUGCAGAAGGCCCCUGUGGAGGCACGUUGGCGCCCCACACAUGAGGAUUCCAAGGUGUUUGUGAAGGAUGAGGAGGGGGGUGUCGUGGGAGAGGGUGGAGGAGGGGAAGAGGAGGUGGUGUCGAAGCUGCAGGACCCAGAGGCCCGGGCGUUGGAGGAGCAGACGGGGGAGGUGAUAGCUUGGAUCGAGGCAGUGGAGGCCCACCUGACCAGGGAGCACAUGAAGAGGGUUCUGGGGGAGGUGUACCUUCACACCUGGAUCACUGAGAACACCAGCAUCCCCACGCGGGGUGUCUGUGACUUCCUCACCAGCGACCCCACGUAUGAGGACAGGGCUGCCCAGGUCCUGAUAGGUCACAUCCAGAAGAAGAUGAACAAGCAGACAUUCCCUGAGUACUGUAGUCUGUGUAAGGAGGUGCUGCCUUUCACAGACCGCAAGCAGGCUGUCUGCUCCAACGGACAUAUGUGGCUCAGGUGUGUGUUGUCCUACCAGGCGUGCCAGACACUCGCGUACAGACGCUGCCUGCUGCAGGAUAGCAUCGCCAGACUGCCAGUGCCUGAGGACCCAGACUGGAUCAAGAGGAUACUGCAGGGUCCUUGUACAUUCUGCGACUCCCCCCUCCUUUAGGACUAUAGGACAGGCUUGUGGAGAGCCGGGGUUACAUUGCCUGCAACACUUGUGCGCCUGCUUGGACUAGAUGGACAAUUUUCUUUAUUUUUACUUGUUACUUAUUGCCAAGCAUUAUUUAUAUGUUUAAAUGAAUUAUACCACAACCUUUUAAUUAAAAAAAAUAAAGGUUUUGAAUAUACAUUUGAAACCCCACUGAUAUGAAUAUGGUUUAUUAAGAGAGAAAGUUGAGUGUGUGGAGAUGGAUCUAACCUUUUCUCUGAGUUCACAGACCCAUAAGUUAACCUCCUUAUUUUCCUCAUUUUUUACUACAUUUCCAAACACGUGUGUGUUAUUCUGUCAGCCUUAUUUUAGGUCUACUUCUGCCAUUAGAGAGCAACACAUACAUAUCCUCACUGACUGAGGGGAAACGAUCUAAAUGUAUGUUAUUUUAAUUGGCAGUGUAAAGCAAUUUCCAUGCUGCAUGUGGGAGAAAAAAAUGACUCUUAGAUGAGGACUUCCGAUAUUGUAGACUGAGAGAAAGAGAGAGGAGUGUGAGGUAGGAAGAGAGGGAUAGAAAGUGUUUAAAACUGAAGCUGUGUCUCCCAUGGGUGCUGAUUGUAAUGAGAUUCCACAGUAAUGAGGAACAGAGCCGGGCGGCAGGCAGAUGUGAUGCUCGUUCUAAUCAGGGGGGGUUAAGAGUGCAUAUUGUUAAAUACAAUUAACCCUGUUUUACUUUGGGAAGGAUGUGUACUUGAUGUGCUCUCCCCGCUCCCCCCCUCCCACUCCUUCCCCAUAUCUCGGAAACAUGGAGGUCAGUGGCCAGUGAUCAAAGAUGGAGUUGGACCUAGUAGACUGGGCUAGUAACAGCACUGCUCUCCAUCUUGUCGUCUCAUCCCUUACAUCCCCAUGCACAGCCCUGGCCAGGCAGAGGGGUGAGGUUCCACCCUCCCUCUGGUGUCACUGGAGAUGAUAGGCUGCCCUGGGGCUAGCCCUGCGUGAGGAAGCUGCCCGGCUCGCAGCUCUCAACACUUGAUGAGAGAGCCAGAGUUUUACCCAGAAUCCUCAGCCCAUUGUCAUCAGUAGACAUGUUCAGAGAUUAGUAGUUGAGUAAAUUUGGAUAAUUUGCCUGUUUUCUGUGGCGCUAUUUUGACGAUCCACACUGAAAAUACGUCUUCAGGUUUUGAAUCAUUCAUUAGAAACUAGCACUUUGCGAAUUAUUACCAUUCAAUAUUCUCUCGUUCAAAAUGACCAGUCUUUUUCUUAGACCAACUCUGUAGCGUUAUACGGAGCAUAAACGUUUUCAUAGACAAACUUGCAUUAUAAGGAGCAUACAGGUUUUCCCAUCAUGUGAUUGGCUCCCAGUAAGUGUCUUGUUUGUCAAGGGGAAGUGUUUCUACAGGUGAGAAUGUUCUUGUCAUUGAUAGGUGGAGACCAGUGCUGUUGGAGGUUAGCUGUGUUUGUUUGAACAACCUCCUACUUUAAUAGAAUAAUCUGUCAAAGAGCAUUUCCACCAGUAAUUACCGUCUCCCCUCCCUUUCUUCCUCUGUCUUAGCUCUCAAAAGACUUCAAAAGGAGGAUUCUUCUCUAUGCAUACAAUAUUUAUAGCCUUCAUGUCAAUGGCUGGAUCGCGUAAAACCUUCAAAACACCUUUUCACGCUUUUAUUUAAUAUGCUAUUCCUUUUGUUUGUUUAUCUAGUUAGAAUUUGAUAUGUCCUAUGCUCUUAUGUAUACAGAACUCAGUGGAGGCUGGUGGGAGGAGCUAUAGGAGGAUAGGCUCAUUGUAAUGGAAUAAAUGGAACGGUAUCAAACAUAUAGAAACCACGUAUUUGACCCUGUUCCUUUCAUUCCAUUCCAGCCAUUACAACGAGCCUAUCAUCCUAUAGCUCCUCCCAUUAGCCUCUGAUACAGAUGCACUUUGCAGAACCCAAAUAUCUCUCCAUCCAUGUACACUGCAGCUGCUUCAUUACACUGGAAAGUCUUAUGGGAUCAUCUGGUGUUUAAGUGUUUUUUUGUGUUCAUGUUGACUUCUUACCUCUGUCUCACCUGGACUACCCAAUCUUCUGUCCUAUUUGGCAAUCUCAUGUCAACUAACAGAGUGCUGUAAAGCCAGAGAUGCUGAUCCCUAUAGUACCCAAAUAUGACAGCACUCACACCUCCUUUAUCAAGUGCUGUAAAUCCUUUUUGUCCUUGUCACUGUGCUGUUUCACAACUUUCGUGUCUCUAUCGUAUUUCAUUGGGUCAUCAGGACUUUUCCAUGACCCUGAUCUGUAAACAAGAGUUCAUUGGAUGAUAUUUUCCUGAUGUGUAAAUAAACUUUUUUAAGUCUUUGUACA